CCGGUCACUCUGGACAGAAAAAAAAAACAAAUCCCCUACGUUUGUGAAAAAACAUUUCAGUGGAAAAAAUAAAAGGCUCUGCCUGCGAUUCACACAGUGUCAGCACAUUCCGUUCGCAAUCCGAGAUUCUCCAGCUUGGGAUCACACAGUAUUUCGCAUCAGGAACCGAGUAAAGCUCUGCAAUAUGUCGUCCGAGGAGCUGGCGCCAAUUAACGAACAGGACUUUAAGGACCUCAAGGAGCGCAUGAAAUUGAUUGUGGAGGCCGAUCCAAAGCAAUAUCAUAACGACUUUUCGCUACGGCGCUAUUUGCGCGCCUUCAAGACCACAGAUGACGCAUUUCAAGCCAUCCUGAAGACCAACAAAUGGCGCGAGACCUAUGGAGUGGAGAAGCUCCACGAGAUGGACCGCAGCCAGCUGGAGAAGAAGGCCCGUGUGCUGCGCCACCGCGACUGCAUCGGCCGUCCGGUGAUCUACAUUCCGGCCAAGAACCACAGCUCGGAGCGGGACAUCGAUGAGCUGACCCGCUUCAUCGUCUACAACCUGGACGAGGCGUGCAAGAAGUGCUUCGAGGAGGUCACCGACCGUCUGUGCAUCGUCUUCGAUCUGGCCGAGUUCAGCACCAGUUGCAUGGACUACCAGCUGGUACAGAAUCUCAUCUGGCUGCUGGGCAAACACUUUCCGGAGCGCCUGGGCGUCUGCCUGAUCAUCAAUUCGCCCGGACUGUUCUCAACCAUUUGGCCGGCCAUUCGGGUGUUGUUGGACGACAAUACCGCCAAGAAGGUCAAGUUCGUGGGCGAUGAGGUCGAGCUGUGCCAGUACCUCAUUCCGGACAUCCUGCCAACGGACAUGUAAGGCUUCCGCCUCCAAAUCAGCACCCGAUGGAGCUUCUUUUAGACGUAGACAUAUCUCCAAGGAGAAACCGAAACCAGUACCUAAGUUUGCACGGAGGCUUCUGAGAGCUUUUAUCCAGUACAGUACUCUAUCUGUAAAUCGAUGUGUUUAACAAGUUGAUUGUAAAAUGUAUUUUAUUGGACACAACUAUUAACUAUUUUAGAUAAAGGUUUAUCUUGUAUGUGUAGUAUCUAUAUACCUGAAUUCGUAUAAGGCAAUUAUAUAUAUAUGUAUAUGCAAGUGUCUAUGUGUACAGCAAAUAAAGU